GGGAAAGGGGGGAGGAAUGAGAGCGAGAUAUCCGUGGUGGGUAAAAUCAUUAAAAUGCAAACAUUCCACGCAAACCACCACCACAUGCUUGUGACUGUGAAAAUUGACGGAACAGUGGUCUUGGCAGCUGAGAUAUAUCUGCUUCCUCAAUCCUUUUGCAUCAAUAUCUUCAGCAAUGCUUAUCGGAUCAUGCAAAAAAGACAAGAAUACGAUUCUCCUCGUCGAGUAGUCUUUUUUAGGCUAUACGACCAGUCUAAAAAUCGUCGUUCUUUUCGUUCAAUCUGCCGCCAAAAGGGUAUUGAGAUCCUACCAUCUACAGGUAUCCGAUGGCUUGAGAAUCGCAAAGAACUCGGGCCAGAGGCUGUACAACGUACACGGGGGUUAAGUAAACGUCGAGGGCGACCUCGUAAACUCGAUAACCGGACUCUACAGCGCCUCCUCGAUCCACAGGAACCUCUCUACGAUAAGGACAUCGACUACCAAGCGAAAGAACUAGGCGUUGGGGUAUCAACACUCCAUCAGAACCUCUCAAAACGGCUUAACGCUAGGCACUAUAAAAAUCCAAGCACUACGGCUAUACGUGAUAUAAAUAAGGGGAUCCGAAAGGGCUACGGCGAGGAGCACCGGGGCAAGACACUUACUCAGUGGUGGAAAAGGGUCUACUUUACAGACGAAGUCCAUUUCAACUCGAGAGAGCUCGCCGAUAAACAGGAAUAUGAGUUACGGUCCCGGGCGAAUCUCGACGCCUUGAAUCAAUACAGGAGACUCGGGGUAGCCCCCUUGACGUGACGGUUCACGUUGCAGCCGGAAUCUCCUACGAUCGAAAAGGGCCCUUCCAUUUCUACUCCGACCCAGUCAAACCAGCUGCCAAAAGAGCGUAUAAACCUCGGAGACCUCGGAAAUCAAGUGUCGAGACC